AUCUACUGUUGUGCCCACAGUGUACUAAUAAAUAGUUUUUGUGUGGUCAAUAACUGCUGUCGUUUACUUGCCACCUCUUUGGCAAGACUCAAACUUGUGCUUAUCUGUCAAACCGUCCAUCAAACCAUGCUUGGUUUACACUCUCGUGCUUGAAUUCCUUUCAUUCUCCUCGUCUUUUUUUUAUAUGCAGGUUAUGCAUUACAAGUGUGAUCUGGGGACUUACACCCUUCGCGACUGGUGCUCGGGGAACAGGUAAAACCAGAGACACAGGACGCCUCGUCACAGUGGCAAGGGUUGGACGGGAACCCAGCCUUUUGUGCUGCUCACCAGUGGGAGGGACGGGCAUGACAAAUUGUCAGUUCAUUGUUUCACCUUUGGUCCAGUUGAAGUUUCAAUAUCAUGGCGUCCCCUCACACAAAACGUCUGAUGCAGCUAUGGGUUAAAAUUUUUUAGCAUGAGUCAACAACAUUUUGGGUAAUCCUUGUGUUUCUGGAUCCAGCUCUCACAUGCGCUUCAUUUUGUCUUCAAAUUGAAUUUCGGCAAACAACAAUAAGCCCAUUCAGUCUCGACGGCAUGGCCUCUUUAACCCUGGCCUCCCCUUCACCACCAGGAGGAGAGAGCCCAAUCACAGUCAGGCCAAGUGUUGAUAGGAAGGUGGAGCCUGUCAUUGUAUCAGGGUGUGGUUCUGAAACCUAACUAGUUUGUAGUAGUGCUGCAGGGUUUAAAUUGACUUGAAUGAUUCCUGUCAUAGUGGCUGAACACACCUCCACUCUCCCCCGGCUUUCUGUCUGACUUUGUGCCUGGGUUGUACGUGAACUUGGGCUCUGUUGCCUCGAGAGCAGAAACAGCCUUCACCUGCUUCCUCAGCUGAUCUCUCUGUAUGCUGAUUUCCUGGACUGACUGUUGAAUGAGAGCUUGAGCAGGGCUGUUUAAAAGUCAGACAACACAAGCAGUCGCCAUGCUGCGCCAAGCUGUGUCAAGCAUUUUAGAAUUCCACAAUUAUCUACUAUUGCGGACUGAUGCCAGGGUGAGGGACUACCCACUGAUGCAAAGUCCUGUAGAGAUGACCUGCAUCCUUAUGUUUUACGUCUUCUUCUCCGUGUAUGCCGGUCCUCGGCUGAUGGCCAACCGAAAACCAUUCCAACUGAACACUGUGAUGAUUUUCUAUAACCUCAGCAUGGUUUUAUUAAAUGCCUUCAUUGUCUAUGAGUUUCUGAUGUCUGGAUGGGCCACGACCUUUACAUGGAGAUGUGACCUUAUUGACUACUCCUCAAGCCCACAGGCACUUCGGAUGAUUCAUGUAGGAUGGUUGUUUUACUUCUCAAAAUACAUUGAACUCCUGGACACGGUUUUCUUUGUCCUGAGGAAAAAACAGAACCAGAUCACCUUCCUUCAUGUUUUCCAUCACUCCUUCAUGCCCUGGACAUGGUGGUGGGGCAUCACCCUCACUCCAGCUGGAGGGAUGGGCUCCUUCCACGCCAUGGUGAACGCUACCGUCCACGUCAUCAUGUACUUUUACUACGGACUGUCUGCGGCUGGACCUCGCUUUCAAAAGUACCUGUGGUGGAAGAAGUACAUGACUGCCAUCCAACUGACGCAGUUCAUCCUGGUCUCUGUCCACAUCAGCCAGUACUACUUCAUGGAAAAGUGUGACUACCAAGUCCCGUUGUGGAUCCACAUGAUCUGGAUGUACGGCGCCUUCUUCUUCCUGCUGUUUUCCAAUUUCUGGGUGCAGGCCUACAUUAAGGGACGGCGGCUCCCUGCGACAGACUUGACAAAGAAUGGGAGUGCCACCGAACCUGUUCAUGUGGUGGCUAAUGGGAAGCACCAGGAGAACGGGCACAUACCGCAGCACCAACACAGUAACGGAAAAAUCAUCGCGGGGAAAGUAAAGGAAAUCUAACCAAGCAAACUCUGGGAAGGGGCAGGCAAACGCAAGGAAGGGUCAUAUGAAACAUAAUUCACUGAAACUGUAGCAUAAUGGAACAGCACACACUCCACUAUACUACUUUUACACUGUAUUUAGUUUUUUUUAUUGUACUCACUCUUUCGGGGAUUUUAAUGGCAUUAUGUGUUUUGCCAGGAUCUCAUCGUUGGCUACUGUGGCACCAUGUGACACACCGAUUGAGGACUGGUGCUCAUUGUUCACCGAUAUUUAAUUUUUUUCAACCUUCAGUGGACUCGGCCCAUGUCCUUUUGGAGUAUCAGACCUGAACAUUAGCACAUGUGAAUAAUCUUUUUGCCAAAUUCAAUCCUUGUAAAUGCCAAGUAUUUUGUGUUUUAAUUUUAUUUAUCUUUUGAAUAAAAAAAAUCAUGUUUGAUUUAAAAAAAAAAAAGGCAUGUGUCAUCUAGAAACGUUUACAGCAUGCACUUUUGACGCGCUACCGUACCUCAUUUUUCAAUUGAAGAUUUUUUUUUUUUAGCUAUCAUUGAUGGAGUUUUGUAUUUUUGCACAGCUACCUGGCUUUGUUUAUUUAACUGUGUGUAAGCUCUGUUGGGAAAUGAACUAGCCAGAGAGAAAGUGGAUCUAUCUGUAAGGUUACCAUCAAUGUUUGUCAUGGGAGCUGCAAAUAUGUGAGUGGGAAUACAUUCCAGAGGUGAACUUUCUACCCUUUCAUUGUUGAGACUAACCCCUGACCAAACAUUAAAGACUUUCACAUCUGCAGUUAUUUUCCCUUUUCCUUACUGUUGUGCUUCUAGAGAUGUGUGAGAUUUACUUUUCUUCUUUCCCUGACAUCAUUUAUUCAGGACCUAAAGGUUUACUCCAUUUGGAAUCCACUGCUUAACAACCUAGCAUGGAUGUUCAGAUGAAAAUUCACAGCUAAAGUGGAUCACUGAGCUGAAUCUUGAUCUUUCUCUUUCAAGAAGGAACCUCCUUCAUGCUGUGCUGCUGGCUGUUUUGGUCCGUCAGUUGUACGUGUUUUGUAUUUUUAGAGAAAUUUGA